AUGCGGGAACGGAUGGAGUCUGAGUGGACGCUUUCAUGGUUGGCCCAUUGGAUGCUAUGCGGGAACGGAUGGAGUCUGAGUGGACGUUAUCAUGGUUGGCCCAUUGGAUGCUAUGCGGGAACGGAUGGAGUCUCAGUGGACGUUAUCAUGGUUGGCCCAUUGGAUGCUAUGCGGGAACGGAUGGAGUCUGGGUGGACGAUAUCAUGGUUGGCCAAUCGGAUGCUAUGCGGGAACGGAGCGUGGAAGCUCAAGAUGAAGAAGGGCAAGGACAAGGUGCGUAUCCUCAAGAAGAAGAAGGCCGGGAGCGGGAGCGAAGCCGUGCAG